AUGGGUAACUACUCGAAAGCACUUGAAUUUUACGAAAAAUCACAUAAAAUCCUCGAAAAAGCUCUGCCUUCAAAUCAUCCUCAUUUGGCUAGUUCCUACAACAACAUCGGUAUGGUGUAUCACAACAUGGGUAACUACUCGAAAGCACUUGAAUGUUACGAAAAAUCACUUCAAAUCCUCGAAAAAGCUCUGCCUCCGAAUCAUCCCUCAUUGGCUCUUUCCUACAACAACAUCGGUGCAGUAUAUAACAACAUGGGUGACUACUCGAAAGCAUUUGAAUUUUAUGAAAAAUCACAUAAAAUAAGAGAAAAAGCUCUGCCUCCGAAUCAUCCCGAUUUGGCUCAAUCCUACAACAACAUCGGUGGAGUGUACAACAACAUGAGUGACUACUCGAAAGCACUUGAAUUUUACGAAAAAGCACUUAAAAUAAGAGAAAAAGCUCUGCCUCCAAAUCAUCCCUCAUUGGCUACUUCCUACAACAACAUCGGUAUGGUGUAUCACAACAUGGGUGACUACUCGAAAGCACUUGAAUUUUACGACAAAGCACUUAAAAUCGACGAAAAAGCUCUGCCUCCAAAUCAUCCCAAUUUGGCUAUUUCAUAUGGCAACAUUGGUCAAGUGUAUAAGAACAUGGGUGACUACUCGAAAGCAUUUGAAUUUUACGAAAAAUCACAUAAAAUAAGAGAAAAAGCUCUGCCUCCGAAUCAUCCCUCAUUGGCUACUUCCUACGACAACAUCGGUGGAGUGUAUAAGAACAUGGGUAACUACUCGAAAGCACUUGAAUUUUACGAAAAAUCACUUCAAAUCCUCGAAAAAGCUCUGCCUCCGAAUCAUCCCGAUUUGGCUAUUUCCUACAACAACAUCGGUGCAGUAUAUAACAACAUGGGUGACUACUCGAAAGCACUUGAAUUUUACGAAAAGGAUCUCGAAAUCACGAAAAAAUCUCUACCUCCGAAUCAUCCCUCAUUGGCUACUUCCUACAACAACAUCGGUGGAGUGUAUAAGAACAUGGGUAACUACUCGAAAGCACUUGAAUUUUACGAAAAAUCACUUCAAAUCCUCGAAAAAGCUCUGCCUCCGAAUCAUCCCGAUUUGGCUACUUCCUACAACAACAUCGGUUUGGUGUAUGACAACAUGGGUAACUACUCGAAAGCACUUGAAUUUUACGAAAAAGCACUUCAAAUCUUCGAAAAAGCUCUGCCUCCAAAUCAUCCCUCAUUGGCUACUUCCUACGACAACAUCGAAUUUAAAUCAUCUUUAACUUCAUCAUUGAGUAAUGAUAUAAUGUCUUCACGUAGUAUGGCUAAAUGUUGUCGUUCUGAUGCUUCUUCGAAUUCAUCAUCAAAUUCAAAUUCAUCAUCAUCAAAUUCAUCAUCAUCAAAUUUACCAUCAUCAAGUUCAUCACCAUCAAAUUCAUCAUCAUCAAAUUUACUAUCAUCAAGUUCAUCAUCAUCAAAUUCAUCAUCGUCAAAUUCAAAUUCUUUCAAUUCCGAGAAGAUCAAGGACUUUUUAAUCUACGAAAAAUCGAAGUAUCAAAUAAUAGAAAAUGAAUCACCAUCUGCUGCUGAAUGGUGGCGAGCAUUUGGUUAUCCUGCACAGCUAGAUGAGAAUAAGAAAUUACAAAGAAUUAUUGGGUUUAUUAGUUGCUUUAAGUGUAUGAACACUCAGGUUUAUAAUAAUUUAAGUGGUACAAAACGUUUUAAACAACAUGCAGAUAAAUGCUUUCCUUUAUCCAAUACGACAAUAACAACAUCAUCAUCAUCAAGUAGUUUUACUUCAUCUUCAACUCCAUCAACACAGACAACAUUAAACCAAAUGGGUUUUACAAAACAGGUAAAAUUUACAGAAAAUGAUAUUACAAAAAUGAAAGAUUUAUCUGUAAAAUGGGUGUGUGGUGAUAUCAGGCCUUUUAGUAUAUUAGAUGAUAUUGGUUUUAGAAAUUUAGCUCAAGAAUGUGUUCGUUUGGGUGGUGUGCAUGGAAUAUUUGAUAUUAAUGAAGUACUUCGUGGUGAAAAAUCCAUAUCACGGCACGUUUCAUCAUUUGCUGAUACUUCACGUGAACAAAUCAAAGAAAUUUUAUCAAUUCCUUUGAAAGAACAUUCAUUAACAAUUUGUCCGGAUUACUGGACCGAUUCAUACAAAAAGAUUUCAUAUUUAGGCGUGACUGUAAUUAUUGUUGACAAUGAUUGUCAUUAUAAAACAAUUGAUUUAUGUUGUAAACCGUUUGAAUACGAAAAAAAGACCGCUGAAAACACGUUGAAUAACAAAAGAAAAAAGAAAAAAGCUGCUGCUACUGCUGUUGUAUAUGAUGAUACACCUAUAUUUGAUGCUGAACCAACAACAGCUAAUUAUAAUAGUAAUGAAAACUAUGAGUCUUCUGCUGAUGAGAGUGAAUCAUCAACUGAUGAUGAAUAUAAUAAUACAGUUUCUUUACCAGUUAUUCGAAAAAAAAAAAAUAUUUCAAGAAAAAUUGUUAUGGUAAAAAAUGAAUUAUCAGUCUCUCAGGUGAAAAUCAACGCCGAUCAAAUUCCACAACCAGCUAAACGUGUUCUUCAAGUUUUAAACAAAUGUAAGAAGGUGGUCAAGUACGUGAAAAAAACAGGCAUCAAUAAUGACAUCAAAGAACAAGGUGGUGUUACAUUACAUCAAUCAUGUAUUGUUCGCUGGUUAUCUAUGUCAAAUCUUCUAGAAAGUCUUUUAAGAUCAUUUAAAUCUACAAAAAAAUUACUAUUAGCUCGAAAAAAACAAUCAUUAAUAAAUGAUUUAGAUGAAACAACCAUCAAACAGUUGAUAUUACUUUUAAAACCAUUUAAACACAUAAUGACAUUAAUCCAAACAGGAAAUGCUCCAUCCUUAUAUAUGGUGUUAUUGUGUACUUUGAUAUUAAAAGAUGCUUUAACUUCAUAUAAAUCAUUAAUUAAUUACAAAAAAAAUUAUUGUAAUUCGACGAAAAACAACAUUAAUGAUGAUGAAUUAGAAGAAGAUGAAGAAGCUGAUGAAUUAGAAGGUAUUACAUGGUUUCGUGAACGUUUGUUAAAAUUAAUCGAUGAGCUGUUUGUUCUUGAUGUUCGUCAUUAUUGUGCAACAAUGUUGCAUCCGAAAUACCGAUUAUUAAAAAAUUGUACAGAAGAAGAACGUUCACAAUGUCAUAAAUAUGUUCGUGAACAAUUAAAGAUAAUACGUGAUUCAGAUUCAACUAUCGAUGCAUAUAAACAAACAGCUGUUCCACCACCAAAAAAAUUCAAAACGGCUGAUACACUUUUUGAUCGAUUCGAAGAUGAUUGUCCAUUUGAUACUUCUGAUGAAAAAGUUCAAUUAAUUGAUUAUUCAAGUGAUGAAUAUGAAUUUAAUAUAAAACAAUCCGAUGAAUUGGAUAGAUAUUUGAUCAUGCCAAUCGAUAAAUCAUCACUUACAAAUAAUCCAUUAGAUUUUUGGAAAACUCAAUCAGAAAAAUUUCCAUUAUUAUCAAAAUUGGCCAAACAAAUUCACUCAAUACCGGCAACAUCAACAGGUGUUGAACGUCAAUUCUCAUCUGCUGGUUUAAUCAUCAAUCAACGAAGAACAAAUAUAAAUCCCGAACAAGUAGACAACAUUCUUCUUAUUCGUUCAUUACAAAGGCUGUAA